UGCUCAAUCCACAUCCGGGUCCCUUCGCUGCUGCUGGUGUGCAGAGAUUCGGUCCCGAACACAGCGGACCAAAUUUGCGGUCAAAUCUGCCACUUCUCAUUUAACACAUACAUUCGGGACGCAAAAUAAAUGGGAAUGAUGCAUUCCUGGUUCAGACAGAUAAUGGAGGUUCGCUCUUUCACAGACUGAAUGCAAAGCAAAACAAGCCACCAGCCUGUUUCUCUCUCUCCACCGCCGCGCUCAGUUUAUAUCUAUUACUUUCUCUUCGCCCUUCGCUCUCUUUCUAUUGUGAAAUCCUUCGCUACAGAGCUCUCUGGGACUUGUUGAGUGGAUUCUUAAACGAUAAAGAUGGGUGCAUUUCUGGAUAAGCCAAAGAUGGAGAAGCACAACGCUCAUGGCGAGGGAAACCACCUGCGCUACGGCCUAAGCAGCAUGCAGGGUUGGCGCGUAGAGAUGGAGGAUGCGCAUACUUCUGUCAUCGGUCUGCCCAAUGGCCUCGACCCCUGGUCUUUCUUUGCAGUUUAUGACGGGCACGCGGGUUCGCAGGUGGCGCGAUACUGCUGCGAGCACCUCCUCGAGCACAUCACCAGCAACCCUGACUUCCAGGGUGGGGGCGGAGGUGGCGGUCCAGACGCGGAGCCCAGCGUGGACUGUGUGAAAACCGGUAUUCGUACAGGUUUUCUGCAGAUCGACGAUCACAUGCGGCAGAUCUCGGAGAAGAAGCAUGGGGGAGCAGACCGCAGCGGCUCGACGGCUGUCGGUGUGAUCAUCUCGCCCCGCCACAUCUACUUCAUCAACUGCGGAGACUCGCGGGGGAUGCUGAGCCGCGGAGGGGUUGUGCACUUCUUCACACAGGACCAUAAACCCAACAAUCCACUGGAGAAAGAGAGAAUUCAGAAUGCUGGAGGGUCUGUGAUGAUCCAGCGUGUGAACGGGUCUCUGGCGGUGUCCAGGGCUCUGGGGGACUUUGACUAUAAGUGCGUGCAUGGGAAGGGUCCCACGGAGCAGCUGGUGUCUCCGGAGCCGGAGGUGUAUGCUAUAGAGCGAUCGGAGGAGGAGGACGAGUUUAUUGUACUGGCUUGUGAUGGGAUCUGGGAUGUGAUGGCUAAUGAGGAGCUGUGUGAUUUUGUUCGUUCCCGGCUUGAGGUGACUGAUGAUCUGGAGAGGAUCUGCAAUGAAAUUGUAGAUACCUGUUUAUAUAAGGGAAGCCGUGACAACAUGAGUGUAGUGUUGGUGUGUUUCGUCAAUGCACCGAAGGUUUCUCCUGAGGCUGUCAAAAGAGAGGCAGAGCUCGAUAAGUACCUGGAGAGUCGAGUAGAAGAGAUUCUUAAGAGGCAGGGGGACGAAGGCGUGCCAGACCUGGUUCACGUGAUGCGAACUUUAGGAUCUGAGAGCAUCCCCAAUUUACCACCUGGAGGAGAGUUGGCCAGCAAGCGGAAUGUAGUUGAAGCUGUAUACAACAAACUCAACCCGUACAGGAAUGAGGAUACAGACUCUGCAUCCACGGAUGACAUGUGGUAGCCCUGCCCCUUUAUACACUGCACAGAGUUUACAACCCUCCAGAACCCCCCCGCACAAGAACUCCACAACAGGACCCGGCACCAGAACCCUGCACAAGAACCCUCAUACAGACAACUACUACAGGAUCUGCACAAGAACCCUACCACAGCCCAGCUCGGCUGCUCUGGACUGCUCAGAGGAAGAGGAGGAAGGGGCUUAUGUCUCUUCUCCCUUGUUCACAUAACCUUCCCUCUCAGAGCAAGGCAAUGGUACCUUCUGGAAAUGUCUGCAUACUCUUAUGUCCCGAAUCACUUUCUUCCCACAACCUUUUAUCCUUAACCCUCUUAAAUUUUUGUUGGUGUAAUAAUUAAUUUGAUUCACAUUUCCUUGUGUGUUUGUAAAUUUCAGCUUUUAUUUUCUGUGAAGUGCAACUGUCUUGUACAAAGAAAAGCCUGUAUCAAAUGCAGCUUGUUUUAAGUUUAUAAAAAGGAAAAAAAUGGCACAUCUUUAUGCCCCCGCCUGCUUUUCUGUUUCCUAUCCAACUGGCAAAAACCAUCACAGCAUCGGCCUCCCCAAUUUCCCUUAAUGUCUAUUUUUUUUUUUUAAACAAAACCUUUUUGUAUUGUUAUUUUAUAAGUGAAACGGGUAAAUUAUAUGGGCUCACAGCACAGUACAGUAAGCUUUUUUGUAAAUCUACGGCACAGAUGACAGUAAUUAUGUUCUCUUUAGUACUACUGUUUUUCUCUUUCUAGUGGGGUCUUUUUUUCCCCUCUUCCUCUGAGGAAACCGCUUUAAGUCCUGCUUAAAAUAAGCUGAACUUGCGUGCGUGUGUAAGAAAGUAGAAGUGUGAGUGAUAAAUAAGCGAUAUGUGUGCAUGUUCAAACCUCCCCAACUAUUCCCAUAGUGUAGCUUGUUUUAUGCGUAAAUGUCUGUUACCUGAUUGGCCCAACCUUGACUCCCCCCCCCUCAUUUCUUUCGUCAUCAACACUAGGACUCUCUUCAUUCAGUGUUCCACAGCUUUUGAUUUUUAAGACAACUAAUAGGAACAUACUAGACCAGCACAUGUGCUUGCUGGGAAAAGGAAUUGUUAGGAAGCACUCAAAAUUGAGAUGCCCUGUUAAGUGUGUGUGGAUGUUUGUGAGAAUUUUGUGAAUGGAUGUGUGUGAGAUUGCAUGUUUUAUUGUGCUUAAAACGAUGUGGGAUAUUUAAGCUUUUUGACACGCAUAUAAGGCUUUAGCUGUAGCACUCGCUCAUCUAUCCGAACUGCUCCGAGAGAGAGAGAGAGAGAGUGUCACAUGCUUUCAGAUGUUUUGGCUUUUUCCUACUUCAACUAUUUUAUUUUACAUUGAUUAUAUUAUCUGCAUCCUUCUUCGUUUUUUGGAUGUCUUUCAAGUUUUUAAUUUGAACAUUUUUGUAAAAGAACAAAUUGAGUGUAAUGCAGUGAGCCGGCCUCCUAGUGCGGCGCUUGCACGUGUUCCUCUGACCAAUAGGGAGCGCAACAGAGUCCUGUUUGCUGCUAAGUAUGUGAUUGAUUGAUUUAUUCCUUUAAAUGCUCUUUGGUUAUUUCCUUUUGCCCCUUUCCCCUCUUUCUCCAAUGCUAUAUGUAACGUGUAGUUCUGAUUUUCUUUUCUUUGAGAGGUCUAAAAGAUUGUCACUUCUGUUCAAAUGUUCUUUGAUUGUCUGAAGUGUAACAUGGUAAAAAAAUUAUCCUCAGAGUCUGUGUCCCUACCUCCCUAAACUAAAUCAUGUUUGUUGAAUAGAUUAUAUUGCAGUAAGUCCCUUGAGUCUGAAUAAUAGAGUUUUUCCUAAUCCCAUAUGUUUGCAUACUGAAAUAAGGGUAUAGUCUUUCAAAAACCUCACAGGGUGAUUUUAAUAAACUUUAAAACUAAUAUUGUUUUAAAAUGACAAUCUAACAGUGUAUAGCUAAUGUAAACAGAAAGAAUCUCCCUGUAUCAUUUAUGCUUUGGCUUGUGUUAUAACAUGAGCUUAAAGAUCAUUGUGUUUGUGUGCGAUGUAUGUUUUCCCCAGUGGAAGUUGAGAUAUUUGUGAAAUGGGAGGAUUUGGAAAAUAAAUCUGUGAUUAAAGGGACAGUUCAUUUACAAAACGUUUUGAUCACCCUUUUGUUGCUGUAAACCUCACAACAACAAAUUUAAACAAUGUUGUCUCUUUUUCCAUGCAAUGAAAGUUAAUGUGGACUACAAUUCUGCCUAACAAGUCUUUCCUUUACACUUAAGAAAGAAGACUGAGAAGAUUGUAAAGGUUAGGAACAGCAUGAGGGUGAGUAAGUGAUUGGAAUGAUGAUUUUACCGGAUGAACUAUCCCUUUAAUACAAUGUUUUAGGAUGGCAUUAGAAGCCAGGAUAUAUUUGUGUGUUUUGGGGUUUUGCGUCUGGAAAUCUGUAGUCGCUUUAGGAAUGUAGACAAGAGGAACAACUAUUAACAGGCUGCUGUUGGUUUGCUUAACCUUCAGUUUGGACUUUUAAACAACUUGUAAGUUAAAGUUGACAUUGCGUUUAACUGUACUUUCGAAGCUUUCAGAUAGCUGCAGUGUUUUUAUAUAUUGCUGUUGUACAAGUUUAUCCCUUCAUUAUGUUAUGCGUCCAGAUAGAUCCAGAUUUUUUAAAUCAAAACAAUUAGGGCAGGAGAAUUGAGUUAAAAGGCUGGGUAAUGGCAUACAAUGAAAACAUACAUCACCAGUUAUUGACUGCAGAAGUAUUUAUGAAUGUGUUAUUACUUUGUCCUGUCACUCAAGUUGGCAAGGGCAUUUUUCAAGGAAUUCAUAUCGUGCAUGAAACUGAUUUUUUUUAUUGUGCGUAAGCUUUUUGGUUGACUUUUCUGAAGUCGACCGAAUAUGCUCGUAUUUUAGUUUUAUGCUCUUAAAUCCCUUUUCAAUGUUCGCUAGUUUCAUAGUGUUAUCUUGGUAGACGAUUUCGUUGGUAUAUCUGGACCUGCCUUCUUAAACCAAGUGAUUAAUGCAGCCUUAACGCAUCCUGCGAAAACCCACCCUUCAAACCCCAAAAGCUGUCACAGUGUGCUCAUAGGUUGCUGUAGGCUUUAUAUGACAGAGUCUCCUACGUACCUCCACGGUUUUGUGCAAAAGCGAAUUUUGCAUUUAAUCCAGUGGACACAUUCUCAUGGACACACGUUUGAAAUCCCACCUCCGACCCAAGGGAUUUGCGUUUUGCCCACCUUCGACCCAAGCGGGAUUUGCGUUUUGCCCAUUUCAGUCAUCUGCUGUCCUCAUAAGCUAAGCUAUUUUUGUUAAAUAAUUGAUAUGUAUAUUUGUAUUCAUUUAUAAAUAUGUACACAAAAUGAAGUGAGUAAUCAAGGAUAAUCUGUUUUCCCUGUAACCCACUGUGACCCUCUGGUCAUCUUCUAACUGUUCCACUGUCCGUUUUUGUUGUUUUAAUCUUUUCAGACUGGAAAUAAACCUAUUUUAUUUGAAAAUAGUGUA